AUGACUAGGAAGGUGAAGAUAGAAGCCCCUACAUUUGAUGGUCAAAUGAAUCCCAAACUUUUUCAAGAUUGGUUAGCUGAGAUGGAUGCCUACUUUGAGUGGUACAGGAUGAUUGACCCUUAUCGGGUCCAAUUCGCUAAGAUGAGGUUGAUUGGACAAGCGAAACUCCAUUGGAUGAAUGUAGAGAGGCAAGAGGCUUGCCUACGUCAUAGGCCCAUUGAACAUUGGGAUUUGAUGAAAGAUAGGCUCACUGAAAAGUAUGUGCCUAUUAUCUACCAAGAGCGCCUUAUGGAUCAACUCUACAGCUUGCGCCAGGGUAAUAUGACUGUUUCUGAGUAUAUGACCCAAUUCGAUGAGUUGUCUAUUAGGUGUGGAGUUGAUGAGACAGAGAGCCAACAAAUUGCUAGAUUUCGCACUGGAUUAAGGCCUGAAUUAAGGAGGGAGAUGUUUCCCCAUCAUAUAACAUCUCUUAAACAAGCAUUUAAUCUAGCUCAUGACUUUGAGCAGAUGAACAAAGGGCAAAUGGGAAGGCGGUAUGGCAACCCCUCAAAUGAAACCUAUAAUAGGAAAAUCCAGAGCAUUGAUAAGUCUAAACAAGCAUCUGCAGGGCAAGUCACUUCUCGUGGGAGCAACCCCACAGUCCAACAACCAGUGGACAAAGGGAAAGCCCAGAUAACGGGAUCCUCUCGCCAAAAUUCUGGCACAGAAGUAUGUUUCAAGUGCCACAAAAAGGGACACUUUGCCAGGCAAUGCCCUAAUAGGAAUUUAGUAAUUGAGAGAGAAGAAGAAGAGGAAGAGGAAGAAAAUGAUGCACCAUAUGAUGCUGCAAAUGAAGCGGGUGAAGAUGCGCUAAGUAGUGAGGAUGAUGAGAAUGCGCAGCUAAGUGUGAUGAGACGCCUUAUGGUAAAGCCUAGGGGAGAGGAAGAUUGGCGUCGUACUUCUAUUUUCUACACUUAUAUCAAGUGUGGGAGUAAAAGCUGCAAGAUGAUCAUAGAUGGUGGGAGCUGUAUGAAUGUGAUUUCAAAGUCAGCAGCUGAAAAGUUGAGAUUAAAAACAGAGCCUCAUCCCAAGCCAUAUAAUGUUGCAUGGUCAAUGCAACGACCAUGCCAGAGACCUUGGCUAUUUGACAUGGAUGUCUCACAUAAUGGGCGUGCCAACACCUACUCUUUUAAGUGUAAUGGCAAAAGAAUUAUUCUCAGUCCACUUGAGCCCAAGAGUGGAAAAAGCAAGAAGAAAGAGGAGACGAAAGGAAAACAAGUUGGUCAACCCUUACAUAUUCUAAACAAGGACUUUGAGUUUGAGAGUCAAGAAACUCAGGUCGUUUAUGUGGUUGUUGCCAAGGAAGUAGAGCAGAAAAGUAUUGAACAGGAGACACCUCCAGAAGUAUUCCCUAUACUUUCUGAGUUUGAAGAUGUCAUUUAUGAGCCACCGAGUGAGUUGCCUCCGAUGAGAGACAUCCAACAUGUUAUUGAUCUUGUUCCUGGUUCAUCUCUACCUAAUUUGCCACAUUAUAGAAUGAACCCAAAGGAACAUGACGAGCUAAAGAGGCAAGUGGAUGAACUAAGGGAAAAGGGUUUUAUUCAGGAGAGCAUGAGUCCAUGUGCAUGUCCUGCCCUUCUUACUCCCAAAAAGGAUGGCACCUGGAGGAUGUGCAUUGAUAGUAGAGCUAUCAACAAGAUCACCAUCAAGUAUCGAUUUCCCAUACCUAGACUUGACGACAUGCUUGAUCAGAUGGUGGGAUCCAAAAUAUUUUCCAAGAUAGAUCUUAAAAGUGGAUACCAUCAGAUUAGAAUCCGACCAGGGGAUGAGUGGAAACUGCUUUCAAGACAAAGGAUGGGUUAUAUGAGUGGUUAG